CCAGUGUGGGGAGAGGUCCCGGGCCAAAGCUGCAAUCGCCUCCUGCGUGAUUACUUCAUUUAGCUGCAGAGUGACAAGGUGUCAGAUGUGAUCACAGCGGGGUGAGAAUCUGCUCCGGCGGGACACAGAUUAUGAGGGAGAGCCUCCACCUGAAGCCUGCACUGCCCAGCUCGGCCCUCAGGUUCAGCGGCUCAACUGUUUGGCAAAAACAACCCUGUCCGUAUAGUACAGGCUCUGUAAAUGGAUAUCUGCCCUGAGUUUCGCUCUACCAAGCCAGACCACUGAAUUAUUAAAAAAGAACCGAGUCAAUUUCAAGUUGGGACUGGCCUACACACAGAGAGACAUAAUCCUUGUCCUGUUUAGUUUAUUACUAUAACCCAAAGUGCAUAUGAGCCAGAACGCUGAUUGCGUUUGUUAGCAGGUGACUUGAUCUCUCACCUUGUAACUCGGUCUACCUGCUGCAGACUCAGCGCCAAAGCAAGCCUGUCAGCACGUUAGAUUUCAGGUUUUGCACCGUUAGUGUUCAUUGGCAAGAACUGCAGAUACACUGGAAUUCCUGGUCUUAUUUGGGCAAGACCGACUAAUCUGUGCAGAUAUACUGCACCACCUAAUUUGAACAUCAGAGAGAGCUGAUGGGAGAAAAGUCAACAGGAUUGUGCUGUCAGUGGUGGACCAUGUUGUGUGCAGAGUAAUGACUGAUACACUUCCAGAGCUCCUAGAACAAGAGCUCUUAUUCUCCCUUCAUGCCAGAGAUCUGGCCUUUGCAGUCACACACACAUAAAACACACACACACACACACAGACACAAAAGCAGAGGGAGGAAUGGGAGAGACAAAGUUAGGAGGGGGUGUUAUGGAGUCACUGGGCAGUGUCUGGGCGGUGGAGGUGAUGAACUACUUGCGUUCCCCUUUGGUUAACCCUGCGCUGUGAAAUAUCGCCUCAUCACAACAAUAGGGCUGCUUCACUGAAGGAGGUGCCCCCCCCCGAACUGACAAGCCAAGAGCAGAGGGUGGCUUUUGAACAGGGGCCGAAGUGGGUUGCUAUGGCGAUUCCUGUCAACCGGGAAGUCCUCCGCAGAGAGAGAGAGAGAGAGAGAGAGAGUGUGAGUGUGAGUGAGUCCUGGUUAGUCUCAUUAGUGAGAGAGAGAACAAGCAGGGAGGGUCUACGGCGUGGUUUACGGUCGUACAGAAAGAGGUGCCACUUUUAAGGUACAAGAAUUUCCCAUCUGUCACACAAGGACCAUAACAGAUCACAUGCAGUCUCAGCAAUGUGCAGAAGUGGCUGGCGGUCUAAACAGGUCCCCGGUUAUCUUCUCCGGGGAGCCUGGAGUUUCAUCAGGUCAGCAAAUCCUAACUUCUCCAGAGCUGACCCAUGAGGUGGUCAUCUACCCCGGACUCCCUACGCCUCCUCUGAACCCUUUUGGUUCUGCAGGAUUGACAUUUGGAGAGGGCAAGGUGUCAGACGUGAAUGGAAGUGGACCAACAGCUCUCAGCUUUGGAUCGUACUAUGGCCCCUCACAGUUGCAUGGUGGAAUGUCCAACGGUGUCCAGGGCUCUACCACUUUGCCACGCAGCUGGACUCCCACCAGGGAGGAGAGGCUUAUCAAGUUCUCAGGAAUCGGUCCAGUGGAUGAAACUGGGAUGCCUAUUGCCUCUAGAUCAAGUGUAAACAAGCCCAGAGACUGGUACAAGAGCAUGUUCAGACAGAUUCACAAGAAGCCAGAGGAACUUGAUGUGGAGGAUUCAGAGCAGUGGUCAGCCGAACGCCUCCAGUUAGCUGCCAACACUGAAGAAAGUAAUGAAGCAGACAAGAAUCUCUUCAGACUGACAUCUCAUGGAGCUCUACCAGACUGGAGCGAGGAUGUAGAUAAGCUGUCAGACCCGGGAAAGCAGCACCGUAAACCGAGGAGCAUAUUCGAUUUUGAGCCUGGGAAGAGCAGCAAUUCAGAAAUCCAAAGUCAGGUUCAUGUAUCUCCGAAGAAACAACCUGACACAUCAAAGUCCCCGUCAAUUGAGGCCAGUCUGGUCUCUGAGCUAAGUCGAUUUGAGGCUGAGCUGGACUCGGAGAUCCAGGGCCUGGAGAGGAGACUUUCCCAGAAGAAGCAGCAUCGAGGCCGGGGUGAGGAGGCCAGAGGUGGGGAGCCGGUAACUGCUCCAAAGACUGGGACUACAUACAGCAAUUCACCAGCAGCAAGGCAGCCUGUCCAUCACUCUGUUGGCACGUCACUGACCUCUGCUCCCACAUAUGUAGAACGUCUUUCCCCUGCAAAUGACACCAUGGAGCUCACACCAAAGAAAGAAGAGAAGAGGAUGAAAGCAGCGCGAGUCAAGUUCAAUUUCCAGGCUCAGUCACCCAAGGAGCUCAUGCUGCAGAAAGGCGACAUUGUUUACAUCCACAGGAUGGUUGAUGCCAACUGGUUUGAAGGAGAGCAUCACGGAAGAGCUGGCAUUUUCCCCACGACUUAUGUGGAGAUUCUGCUUCCCACAGAGAAGCCAACGCCUAUUAAGUCCCCCACUCUACAGGUGUUGGACUACGGGGAAGCUGUGGCUCUGUUUAACUUCAAUGCUGACCUACCUGUUGAACUUUCUUUUCGGAAAGGUGAGACGAUCAAUAUAACGAGGCGUGUUGAUGAUAAGUGGUUAGAGGGGAGGAUCUCAGGGACCAACCGGAGCGGCAUCUUCCCAGCCAGUUACGUCCAGGUCAACAAGAUGCCCCGCACCAAAUUCUCUACUGAUGACUCCUCACUGGGCCCCCUGUCUCCUGGCUCCCCUGCACCUCAGAGUCCAGGGCGUCCGCUCCACUCACCCUGCCCGCGGUCACCAUUGUUUCCCUUCACCCCCUCUUCCCUCAGCCCCAACCCUGAGCACUCCCCACUGAAGCCAUCUUCCCCUGUACCUUAUGGUAGCCCAGCUUCACAGUCUCGCUCCCCCACCCAGUCACCUGUAUUCAAAGAGACGGCCAAUCGGUGGCCCUCCAAAAAUGCUUCGCUAACCAACCAGAACAGCCACUGGAUUGGGACACACUCUGCUGACCAUAGCUCCGUGGCUAGAGCUGUUUCGCCUUCCACUCAGUCGUCAUCGUCUGUACACAGAGCUGGAGCUUCCACAGCGAACACGUCUCCCAGAUACACUGACCCCUCACAGGGGGCAAUCCCAAACCAGGCUGCUGGAUUUAAUCCACGCGGUAACUCCCUGCCACAAACACAAGUGUCAAACAACCCUGAUUCAACAGUGGGGCAACGCAGACCAUAUAAAGCUGUUUACAACUACAAACCACAAAAUUCAGAUGAGUUGGAGCUCAGAGAAGGAGACAUUGUAAGAGUGAUGGAGAAAUGUGAUGAUGGCUGGUUUGUAGGUACGUCAGAACGGACCCGUGCUUUUGGGACUUUUCCUGGGAAUUACGUGGCACCUCUUUGACCUCCUCACUUCCUGCUUGCCCACAUCCACCUGGACUCAUAAGAGCCCAACCAACCAGUCACUCAGCUCUCUCCAACAGAUCGCUCUUUGGCACUCCAGCAUUUCUUCAUCCCGUUACACCCAUCACACUCCCAAACCUAGUCAGACCUGCAUGUUCACUCUGUUUUCCAGAACAGAGGUGAAGGCAGUGACAAUGAGUGGUUUCACCUCACCUCCCUGCAUGAGUGCAUGUGUGUGUGUGUGUCCACUGAGUCUUGGAGAGUGUUUUCACACACCCCAUUUGAGAGGAAAGAAUGAAUGCUGAUGAUACUGUUUCAGAUGCAAAGAAUGGACUUUUUUGUUCCACAACUAUUUGCAGCUGCAGGAAAUUUGCAUUCCAUCCCAGUGAACAGUGCUGUUCCUUCUGAGGCCCUGAUACAGUAUGAUGCUGCAUUCAGCUUUUGUGUCACCACAGUGCCAUCACAACACACUGCUGACAAUUAACGAAUUAGGAUGGCACAUUUUUCAGGCAUUUUGAUUGACUAACGUUUCCUUCAAAUAUCUUACCCAGAUUUUCUUUCAGAUCUCUGAAAAUACCGUGGGCAAGUUUGAGGAAACCACACGAACAAGUGCGCUUAAAGUAAAGCACAGUGCGGGCUCGGACAUGUCAAGAGAAGUUUACAGCCUUUCGCGAGGCUAUGCAGAAGAGCAAAUAUAAUUAAUGCGCGUACUGUUUUCAUAAGCAAGUUAUUCAUUAAAGAAUAUUUGGCUUUUUUGGAUCUCUCUCAAGCCAUGGAGUAGAAUGCCAAAUGUUAAAGUAAUGAGAUAGAUCAUGUAAUGUGUUGUAAGAGAAGCUGCUUUGCUCUGAAAUAAAAAGUCAAACCUCUGUAAAUUGUAGCUCAGCUGCGUUGAAUAACUUUAAAGUUAAAAAUGAACAUUUCCUCUAAAGCAAAUGGUUGAAUGAUCUUUUGAAGUAUUUGAAAUAUGUGCCAAAUUUGACCUUUCAUGAUAUUUCUUUUUAAAAUGAUCCAUUUAACAUUCCCAGCUCAUUUUCUUUCUACUACAACUGCUUUCAUAAUGUGUUCUGCUUACAGGGUUAACAUUCUCCCUUCGGCCGUAUUUCCAAAAUCACUUAUGUUUGUACCAGUGCAACCUUUGACAAGUGUGACGUCAUUAGACAUCCUUAUUAUGAGGUAAUUUCGCAAUUUUAUAUGACUGUUCAUGAUUGUACAGACUGUAACCUUUUAUCAAAUUUAAAGUAUAAUAUAUAUUUGCUUAUAAAACAAUGUAUCUCAUAUGUAUGGUACGUACAAUUUUCAUUAAACAUUACAGAGUGA